AUGGCGGCGCCGGCAGAGGAGACACUGCUGGCUGUGGAGCAUCGUUAUGUCUGCUCGGAGUGCAGCCAGCUCUACGGCUCCCUGGAGGAGGCGCUGCUGCACCAGCAGCAGCCACCUGGGCCCGGAGCAGCACUACGAGGUGUGGGGGCUGCGCGGCGAGGCCGAGGCGGGCUGUAACCAGGCGUUGGCCUGGCAGAGAGCAGCCAGUACCAGUGCCUGGAGUGCGGGCAGCUGCUGCUCUCCCGUGAGCUCCUGGAGCACCAGGAGCUGCACUUCAAGCGGCUGAGCCAGGCGCCGGAGGCACCUGCCAAGCUGCCGGCCUCCAGCCAGAUCCACUACGAGUGCGUGGAGUGCAAGGCGCUGUUCCUCAGCCAGGAGGUGGUGGCUACCGGCAGGCCACCGGGCCGCCCCGGAGCCCCCCGCCCCCGAGGCGGCCCCCGCCGGCCAGAGCCAGCGCUGGUGGACCUGGAACAUUCCUACCGCAAGCCGGAGGAGGCGGCGGCAGGGCCGGGGGCGGACGGCUGCGCCGUGCAGCUGCUGCUCUACGAAUUGGCGAGUGCUUGCAGCUCUUUCAGACCCCAAGGACUUCCUGGAGCACCAGGCACGCACCUGGGCGCUGUGCCUGCUGGGAGCAGGCUGAGCCGCCCCCGUCCGCGGAGCCCCCGCAACUGGGGCCGGCAGCCGAGAAGAAUGGGUCGGAGCAGGCAGCGGCCGCGCCGCGCCGGCCCAAGCGGGGCAGCCAGGAGCCCUGGUGCGCCGAGUGCCAGCAGCCCUUCCCCUCAGCACACCUUCCAGCUGCACUGCACUGCCACCUGGCGCCCGCAGGGCGCCUUCCAGUGCCCGCUCUGCAGCAAGGUGCUGCCCAGCCCGCUGGCCCUCCGGCAGCACCGCAGCGAACACAGCGGCGAGUCGCACUACCUGUGCAUGGACUGCGGCCUGGCCUUCGACACUGAGGCUGUGCUGCUGGCCCACCGGCGCGGCCACUCCCCCAACCCCCUGCACCGCUGCGCCUGCGGCAAGGCCUUCCUCAAGACCAAGUUCCUCUACCACCGCCGCUCCCAUGGCCCCCUGCCACCCGCCCCGCCGGAGCCACCCCUGCCCGCCCCACCGGACCCCCCCGCCUGCCCCGCCGGCGCCCAAGAACCGGAUGCCAUGGCCAGCUUCUGCUGCCUGAUGUGCAGCAAGGUCUUUGCCAAGCCCUGCAGUGGUGCGCACCAGCGCUUUGUGCACAAGCUGGAGCGGCGCCACAAGUGCCAGACCUGCGGCAAAAUUUCAGAAGAAGUCCACGUCCGCAAUCACCUGCGCCACACGGGCGCGCCCUUCCACUGCAAGGAGUGCGGCAAGAGCUUCAACUCCCAGGCCAACCAGCUGCGCCACCGGCUGACCCACACAGGCGAGCGCCCCUACCGCUGCGAGAUCUGCCAGAAGGCCUUCACCCAGUCCUCCACGCUGCAGCAGCACCUCUUCGUGCACACCCACUACCCCUACAAGUCAGAGUGCGGCAUCAACUUCCACCGGCCCUACCGCUGCUGAUGCAACCGCUACCACCAACGGGCGAGUACCCCCUACAAGUGCCAGGAGUGCGGGCGCUCCUUCCUCCUCCGGCGCCUGCUGGACGUGCACCAACUGAGCCACGCUGGGCGGGAGCCCCAGGUCUGCGCCGGCUGUGGCGCCGCCUUCGUCACGGCCCUGCAGCUCCGCGAGCACAAGUGCGGCAAGGUGAGCCGGCGCUUUGAGUGCCCCACCUGCGGGAAGAAGGUCAGCUCGGCCGCCCGGCUCCGUGCCCAUGAGCUGCUCCACAACGGGGGCCGUGGCUGCCCCAGAGGAGGAGGCCCCCGCCCCCCUGCCACCGCCCCCCCCGCCCGCCGUGCCGCCUGCCCCAAGAGCUUCGAGUGCUCCGACUGCAAGAAGCUGUUCAGCACGGAGACCUCGCUGCAGGUUCACCGGCGCACCACCGGGGAGCGGCCCUACCCCUGCCCAGACUGCGGCAAGGCCUUCCGGCAGUCCACCCACCUCAAGGACCACCGGCGCCUGCACACCGGCGAGAAGCCCUUCAAGUGCGAAGAGUGCGGCAAGGCCUUCACCAUCGCUGUGCGACUGGCCGAGCACCGGCGCAUCCACACCGGCGAGCGCCCCUACCGGUGCACCGACUGCGGCAAGGCCUAUCGCUCCUUCUCCAACCUGUGGAAACACCGCAAGCUGCACCAGCAGCAACGCUUGCAGAACGAGCAGGAGGCCCUGGCCGAAGCUGCUGCCGCCGCCCUGGCAGCCGCCACUGCCCCAGACUACGGCAACACCCUGACCAUCAUGGAGACGAUCGAGAUCUACCCCGCUGCGGCCACCGAGCCCGAGGGCGGCCGCCUGGAGAACGUUCAGCUGGGAGGUCUCUGAGCCAGGAGGAGGAGCCACGGUGUGGACAGAGCCUCCCCUCCCUCCCCUGCCCGUGGCUUGCGCCAAAGCUCUUGGCUGGUGGCCACACGACUUCUGUUCAAGCCAUGGCUGGGUCACAUGUGGUGAUUAGCUGCUUCUCCAGCUCCCCUCGUGGCCACGUCCCAGCCCCUCUGGCCCCCCGCUCACCCACAGCCUCAUCCUAGAGGGCACUUCCAUUUGCUUCUGUGGCUGCCCCUGGAGGCCGUGUCGCACUUGUGCAGCCAUGUCCCCGCUGCCGUGGGGCUGCACCUCCAGGAACGCCCCCCGUGACGCCGGCCCCAUCCCCUGAUGCCACGCCGUGACAGCUGCACCCACCUCUCCCCCGAGUAGCUGAGCUUGGACUGGAAGUAGCUCACAUUUUCUAUUGACCCCCCCCCCCCCGCCAGCCUUCCACCCCCAACGUAAAUAACAGCCCCCCCUACUUUUGCUAACUGGACCCCUCCCUGGGGGGCAUUUUGGUAUUUGUGUUACAAUUAAAAAGUAAGUAAAUGAUCAUCUUGGA